GUGACAUCAAAGAAAGCAACUGCUGUCGACCCAACUAUUAUCAAGAGAUGCAGAUUAGCAACGCUAAUACGAUCACAGGAGUUUUUGCCAAUCAUGAUACAUUUUAAGAAGUAUUCGGAUACUUAUUAUGCUUGGGGGUUCCAGCUCAAUUACACGUUUGCUGUGUCUUCCGAUAAUGUUGGCGGAACAAGCACAGUAAAUAAAAAACAGGAUGAUUCUGGCGCUGUUGGAGCAGCAAUUGCCUUUGGAAUAAUUUGUGGACUUCUAUCAGCAAUACUGAUUGCCGUUGCAAUAAGAAGGUUCAGGAAGAAAGCGGUCAUUGAUGGCCAUGUUACCAACACAAUGGUUACCCUGCCAAGUAACCAAUACGAAUCAACCAUGCAGUGCGAUGGAGAAAUCAACCCUGACACGAUUUACCACACAGUGGACAAACCAGGUGACGCAACUGAGAAAGAGACUGUUGUGAAUCAGCUUUACAAUAUGGCUUCUUAGUUAGUAACUUAUAGAUAGGUAGUAGUAGUUUUAACAUUAGGUAUAUAUACAGGGUGUCCAUUCAGUUGCUUAAUAAUUUAAUUUUGGUAUGAAUUCAAUUCUCAAUAUAUUUUCACCAGGUUUGUUGUUUUUUAAUCAGUUGUUUGAGCAUUUUUACUCCA